AUGUCUUAUAAAUUUGGCGUGCUUACUGUUAAUAAAAGUGAGCUUUGUUUGGCGAACGUGCUGCAGGCUGGUCAAUCUUUCCGAUGGAUUUGGGACGAGAAGCUAAAUCAGUACAGCACUACAAUGAAAGUAGGCAAACGUGAAAACUAUUCAGUGGUGAUUUUGAGACAAAAUGGAGAUAAAAAUCUCAUAGAAUUUGCUGCUAUUGGUGAUUAUGGCGGUCAAGACGCGUUAAAAACACAUCUAACAGAGUAUUUUAGAUUGGACGUGUCACUGAAACACUUAUUUGAUAAUGUAUGGAUUCCAAAUGAUAAAACAUUUGCAAAACUGUCUCCACAAGGUAUUCGUAUUUUGGCUCAGGAACCAUGGGAGACGCUAAUUUCCUUCAUUUGCUCAAGUAAUAACAACAUUUCAAGGAUCACGAGAAUGUGCAACAGCCUUAGCUCUAACUUCGGGAAUCUGAUCACAACAAUUGAUGGUGUCACUUACCACUCCUUCCCGACAAGUGAAGAGCUAGCUUCCAGGGGAACUGAAACUAGCUUACGUGAACUAGGCUUUGGAUAUAGGGCUAAGUACAUUAUCGAAACUGCGAAGAAGUUGAAGAAGGACAAAGCUGACUCUAAUAUUGCUGGAGACACCGAGUAUCUUCAACGUAUAUGCAAAGACGCACAAUAUGAAGAUGUUAGAGAGCACCUGAUGUCUUACAAUGGCGUGGGCCCUAAAGUUGCAGAUUGCGUUUGUCUAAUGGGUUUACAUAUGGAUGGUAUUGUACCUGUUGAUGUCCAUGUAAGUAGAAUCGCGAAGAGGGAUUACCAAAUAUCUGCGAACAAGAACCAUAUCAGAGAGUUGAGAGCAAAAUACAACGACCUGCCAAUCACAAGAAAAAAAAUCAAUUUAGAGCUCGAUCAUAUUAGGUUGGUGUUUUUGGAGAGAUGGGGAUCGCAUGCUGGUUGGGCACAAGGCAUUUUAUUCUCCAAGGAGGUCGGAGCCACUAGUGGUAGUACUACAAGUGGUGAAGUAAAGAAAAGGAAAUGGAGUAUAGUGAAAGAAGUCGAGCAAAUUGCCACAAAACAAAUGGCUUUGAAAGUAGAGCUGGCUAAGGUGCAUAUUAAGGAAGCUAAGAUCGAUUAG